AUGUGGGUCACACAACAUGAUUGGCUUAUCGCCCACUCUCGGUUAAUCGCUAGCGUCCCACACACAAUCCUCUUUCUCUUCUCUCUGGAACUUUUCUUGCAGUUGCGACAAACGACAACCGACGACGAAGCCGACAAGAUGGGUGCCCUCAAGUACGUCGAAGAGAUCCAGAAGAAGAAGCAGUCCGAUGUCAUUCGGUUCUUGCUCCGCGUUCGCUGCUGGGAGCUUCGCCAGCUGAACGUCAUCCACCGUGCUUCGCGCCCCUCUCGCCCCGACAAGGCUCGCCGCCUGGGUUACAAGGCCAAGCAGGGUUACGUCGUCUACCGUGUCCGUGUCCGCCGCGGUGGCCGCAAGCGCCCUGCCCCCAAGGGUGCCACCUACGGCAAGCCCACCAACCACGGUAUCAACCAGCUCAAGUACCAGCGUGCCCUCCGCGCUACCGCUGAGGAGCGUGUUGGUCGCCGCUGCGCCAACUUGCGCGUCCUGAACUCCUACUGGAUCAACCAGGACUCGACCUACAAGUACUUCGAGGUCAUCCUCGUCGACCCCCAGCACAAGGCCAUCCGUCGUGAUGCCCGCAUCAACUGGAUCUGUAACCCCGUCCACAAGCACCGCGAGGCUCGUGGUCUUACCUCCACCGGAAAGAAGUCCCGUGGUAUCAACAAGGGUCACCGUUACAACAACACCAAGGCUGGUCGUCGCCACACCUGGAAGCUCCAGAACACCCAGAGCUACUGGCGUUACCGUUAA